GCUGUGACGUUUUGACAAAAAAGAUAUUAUUAAAACAAUGUUUUGUCCACCGCCCGAAGAAGAAUCACAAAUCGUACAAAUCGUCGCACCUAAGAUAACAUCCCGAAAAGUCAAAAAGAAAAAUAAGAAACGUAACAAUAAGAAGGAAGCAAAGAAAAGGCAUACGAAAUUAGCUAACACUAUGUCUGCCUGGGCAGAAAAUUAUGCUGUUGCUGCGACCUGGCAAUUGAAACAUCAAGUAGCUUAUUGGAAAGCGAGGGCAAAAGCAUUAGAAUAUGAAAAUAAAGUCUUGCAUGAUGUUAUUCGUAGGAAUAAAUUUACAGUUCGCUCCAGUGCAAACACAGAAAGUGAAACAAGGACGGAAACAGAAUUAGAUGAAACUGAUACAGAGAGUGAUGCUAAUGACGAAAAUAUCGAGGACGAUAAUAAUUUGGAAGUAAGUGAAGAAUUUAUUCAAUUUUUAACAGCAAAUGCAAAAUUCAAAGAAGAAGCAAAACGUGAGAGAGAGCGCCUAAAAGCAAAAACUGAGAAAGAAAAUGAAACUGAAAUGCUAGAAACACCGCGUGAAACAGUUGAAGAGGCCAGAGGAAGAAUGAAGGAAUUGUAUGGUGAUAAAUGGCAAAGAAUAUCGGCUUUAGAAAUGUCCUUGUUGUCCAGUUUUGUACACGAGUCUGAUAAAAGUAAACCAAUGUACUGGCCAAACAUACCCUUUAAUUUUAAUAACAGCUGAAAGUCACUGUAUAUGUUAGGACUUUAAAGUUUUUUAAAGAAUUUAAAUAGGUAAGGCUCAGUCCAGUGUUUGUAAAUAAAGCUCUUUGUAAACUAAAUUUGUUGAAAAGAAUUUAUUGAAAUAUACAACAUACAAGUAAUUUUUAUUGUUAUUUUACAAGUUACUUAUGUCGUAUUUAAUGCUAGAAUUAACUUUGGUGUACAUUUUUAUGUAUUCUGCUAUGUCACGAUCUCCAGCUGUAUUUCAAAUAAUAUAAAACGGCUGGUUUAGAAAGAUUUUCACAAAAUUACUACAAUGGCUUGUACUACCGUGACAUAAAAUAUAUUCUUGUAUAAAUAUUUCACUAUAGAACUACACAUGGUAUUUAUUUGCUAUAUUUGAAAACAUUUUUUAAAUGGGCAUUGCAAGAGGUACUAAUAUUGGUUCAACACUUGUUCUGUUCGUUUUUUACCGUUUCAGAUGUUAUAAAGUUCAUGCAUUUAUUGUUCUAAUAAACAUUUUCAUACUAAUAUAUAAGGAAAAUAUAUUGUUUUUGUCUUGACUAAAUUUAGUCAUCGGCCGUAUCUAUCAGGAACACUUGAUAACUUUCACUUUUAUGAUACUAAUGCAAUACUAGGGAUGGGCUUAGACUGUUUGAAGUAGCUGUCUGUUGCUCAACCGGAAAUUCAUAGUUAUGUUUAAUAAUUUUUGUACUUAGGAACAAUUUCUUUGUUAAAUAUAUUUUAUAAUCUGAUUAGUAAUUUGUACUUUCAUAAGUUUAUACAUUUGUAUUAGAUAAAUAUAUACGAUUAAGUAUUGAAUGCUUUUUCUCUUGGUGUUCUUCAUCCUGAUUGACAAUCAAUGCACAGUGAAAUCUGUAGUGUCUAGAAAGCUGAAAGCGGAAACAUAGGUUUUUUUAUGUUAACAUGUUAUUAAUUUUUAAUUAAAUUGUUAAUUAAAAGGUGAAUGUGAAUGGUCAAAUAAAUAAUUAAUUAAA